UAUAAUUUUGACAGUUGUGAUGUUUGUGUUUUGACAUGUGCUCAGCAGCAGAUGAAGUGAUCGUCAAACGGUUGAUCAAAAAACUAACGCCACAAGAACUGGAAUUAGUUGUUUUCUUCGUGUUUGAAGGCCAGCAAAAAGAUCUUGGUUUCUUCUCCCAUCCUUCCUCUACAGUAAUCCACAAUGGCUCGUCGGCGUCUUGAAGCAGCAAUAAGAGCAGGCCGUGCAAUCGAUGAUAAAGAGGCUAAGACAGAGGGUGUCUUUACUAAGCUGAUACCGCUGAGGGACAUCGAUAUAACAAGUGCAUUCUCAGGUGUCUAUAGUCUUCAAUUCUCUCAUGAUGGCGAGAUGCUUGCUGUGGGCUGCGGAAACGGAGGAGUCUUGUUGUACAGCACAUCAACUGGUGGGAUGGUGAAGACUCUACACAAGGGAGGACGGAUGGAGCUCCCUGUGAUGGGACUAAGUUUCCAUCCCAGCCACAGGGAUGAGCUGGUUGCCGUGGGUGCCGAUGGGAGCGUUACUACGUGGAAUGUGGACAACUGUCAUAAGAAGUUGGCAAAUAAAGAGAAAAAUAAUGAGAUCAACGCGUUAGACUUCAGUCUGGAUGGAGAUGUGUACGCUACAGCUGGGAAAGAUCUCUGUGUCCGAAUUUACGAUGCUGAAACACAUGAGCUUCUUCAGAUGUAUGAAGGCUCUAAUCAGUUACUCCUUGAAGAAGAUGACGUGAAUGACUUCGGACAUGGAAGACGAGUCUUUGCUCUGAAGUUCCAUCCCGACGAUAAUAACAUCUUUGUGACCGGAGGCUGGGAUAACUGCCUCAAGGUUUGGGACAAACGAACGAAUCAUGGAGUUCAACGAACUAUCGGUGGACCACAUGUGUGCGGAAAUGGCAUUGACAUAAAGGCUGGUAAGAUUCUAACUGCAUCCUGGGUUGCAAAAGAUGCUCUUCAAGUAUGGGACAUGGCUACGGGUAGACUUGAGCAGUCUGUCCCCCUCUCCGGCAGUGAUAAAUCUGGAGAGUUCCUGUACUGUGCCCAGUUUUGUGACAGCAAUGUUGUGGUUGCAGGAGGGAGUGGAAUGUGCAGUGCUCAGGCAAUUAACAGAACCACCAAUAAGGUUCUUGGUGUUGUGGAUCUUAACGGCAAGACGGUUCAAGCCUUGGACAGCACCGACGGAGGAAGAUUCAUCGCAGUGGCUGGCGCAUCUCCAAUCAUUAAACUCGCUCAGUUGGCAUAGCAACAACAGACUUUCCUUCUUGAUCUUGAGAUGAAUUUUCUAUCAGGGAACGUUGAUGAAGAACAUCUUGAAGAUGCAACCAUCUUCAUGAAGUUUUUAGUUUGAUCCAGAUGGAGACUGAAGACUUCAUCUACAAGUUAAAGAGUUUCCAAAUCCUCUGAAGAAAUGGAAAUAAAGUUCUCCAAUAAUGAAUCGCUCAUUCCAAUCUAAUCAUUUCAACAUUCCGUCCAAAACUGCUUUUAAAAUCCAUCCAAAAUUGCUUUCAAAAUCCGUCCAAAGAGGGUUUACAAAAUCUGCCCAAAAUGGACAAAUGUUUAUGAAGAAAUAUGUAUAUAGGUUUUUGAGAAGUUUUUGUAUAAUUUUGUUAAUAUUUUCAAUGUACAUUGCUUUAAGAAUGUACUCUUUAUUGUUUUAAUGUUAACUACAGGUUAGGAUUUGUAACUGAUGCUAAGAUUUUCAAAUAUGAUGAAUGUUAAGACAGAAAAAUCUUUAAGAAGAAGUUAAGCAUAAUCCGGUCCACAAAAACACAAAAUAUUGAAGUUUUCAGUCCAAGUUAGUAUUUCAACCCUCUCCCCUCUUUUAAAAAAAAAACCUGUCAGACAAACCACUGAUCGUCAAUACGAUAAUGUCUUUACUUUUGAAUAAUAACAUUUUGAUUGAUUAAUUGCUUUAGAUUUGGAGACAUCACUGGAAGGUCCAAAAGGAAAACAACAUGAGAUAAGAAAGUAAACUAUGGAAAGUACUUGUUCAAAUAUUAACCAGUUGUUAUUUAUUCAUGUGUUUGAUGUUUUUUUUUUUUUUAUUUUUUUUUUUUUUUUUUUUUUUUUUUAUUUAGAGGUGGGUUUACCCUGAGUCAUACAUUUAAAGAGUUGCGACAUUGAGGGACAAGUUUUCUUUGGUCAUGCUGUUGUUGCUGGGUGCCUUGAUCAGUCCAAAUGCAGCACAACCCAAUGGGCAGUUAAGUCUGUAUUCACCAAUGCGUUUUUGUGGGGACAAAAACUGUCUUCUAAUUGCAAAUUGUUACAAUUUGCUCAACAUAUGGCUUUGUGUUUACCCAAACAUUUGUGUGAGAUAACUAUGAGCAAGUUCGAGUGUGCACAAUGGUUAACUAAAGGUUGACCAUUUUGACUCAAACCCAGGCUGGUCGAUCAUUGGUUGACUACUGUGGUCGACCAUUAUGAACCAGCCUCGAGCCCGUGGUUUCCUCACUGGUCCCAGUAGCAUGUUCCAUUCUAACAUGUGUAAAGCGCAGUGGGGAACCAGUGACACUAUAGCGAAAAGGCGGAAGGUUGACUUGACUUCCAAAUUAAUCGUUUGAGUGAGUGCGUCACUGCGCAUGUACAUUGCUGGUCAGUAGUCAACCACGGGUCGACUAAAUGUGCCCACUCGAACUUGCUCCAUACUUUAUACUCGUUGCAUGUGAGUACUGCAGACAAAACAAAUCAACAGGGCACAAUUUCAUAAAGCCUGUAAGCACAAA